AUGGUGCAGGUGUUUAUAAAUGCCGGCUAUUCAAAAAUUUCUUGCAGCGAGUAUUAUCAUACUGUCAUGGAAUGGAAUGCUCCAAAGAGAAGAAACUAUGACAUACCUUUAGAGUCAAGAGAGGUAGCAACCAUAUUUAAGGCAUAUCCAAAUGCUUCUGCUAAGGAUGCUGAAAAGGAGAAAUCUCCCUCACCGACAAGUAAAAUCUUGUGA